AUGGCCUACAACCGUCCCUACGACGAGGAUGCCCUCCCUAGAUUCGCCGAGCCUGAGCCUAAACCAGGACAGUCUAGGACUCCCGCCCCGCAGCAACAUCAGCCUCCUCCUAAACAGCACCAAUAUGCCCCUCAACAGCAGUAUCACCAGCAGCAGCAGCCUCACCAGCAACAGCCUCACCAGCAGCAGCCUCGAUACGACAAGCCUCUGCCCACCCAACGAGAUGCGCGAUCCCAUUCACUAGGUCAAGCUGCUUAUGGCCACAUGUCGCCGCCUCCAAACACUAGUGGUGCGAGACCUCAGGCUCACAACCGCCCUGUUGCCCAGUCACGACCUCCUCCCUCGCCUGCAUUGGAUGGCAACGGCUCCGAUCCCUCGCUUCUGCCUCUGUUCCGUGCCGUAGACAAGGAUGGUACUGGCCACCUUUCUGAGAGAGAACUAUCUGCUGCACUCGUCAACGGUGACUGGACUGCCUUCGAUCCCCAUACAGUUCGCAUGAUGAUUCGAAUGUUCGAUUCGGACCGAAGCGGCACCAUUGGUUUUGAAGAGUUCUGUGGUCUGUGGUCCUUCUUGGCUUCAUGGAGGACUCUUUUUGACCGGUUUGACGCCGAUCGAAGCGGCAAUAUUUCGCUACCCGAAUUCAACAAUGCUCUCGUCGCUUUUCGAUACAGACUAAGUCCCCAGUUUGUCGAGCUGAUCUUCAACACCUACGAUAAGAGGAAUGAGGGGGUCAUGAGCUUCGAUCUCUUCGUUCAGAGCUGCAUCUCGCUGAAGCGCAUGACCGAUGUGUUCAAGAAGUACGACGACGACCGCGACGGCUACAUCACCUUGAGUUUCGAGGACUUCUUGACAGAGAUUCUCAAGCAGCUCAAGUAA